AUGGAUAAUCCACGGAACAUGUACAUGGUCAUGUACUCUACAGGUAUCCGGAGUGUACUGGUGUUAUUGUGGGGCACGGGGUUAAAUCAAAACUGCAGCUACAACGCAAAACCACAGCGACAUGGAAAAGCCCGGCUACUUCUUUCCCAGCUUGUUGACCUGAACAAGUGCUUGCCUGCACACUGGCCUGCUCCUUCACGGGCCAAUCGGUUUAAGUUCACGGUAACCUUUUUCUUGGGGCUCUUCAAUCACAAGCUGCAAUUUAAUUGGCAUGUCCUUUGCGAGUGGCACCCUGGUUGGCCACGGCUUCAAGGGGAAGUUGUAAGUCGUGCUGAAGUGUGA